AAUUAUUUAUAUUGUAGUAAAAAUAUUGGGCCAACACAUGAUCAGGACCCACAACUUUUUAUGGUUCUGGGUCCUUAGGGCUUGCAGCUUUUCAGGGUUAAGGGCAAACACUGUGAUAUGUACAUGUAUUGCGUUAACGAAGUAAUUACAUGUACGAUCGGUGCUAUUUAAAUCGACAAUGCGCAGUAGCUGUAGCAAAUGUUCCCUUAAUCCAAAUAUAUUUGUUAUCCUGAUACGUUAGAAAGAUCUACAUACAAGACCAUGCAGGUUCUGAUAAAAGUCGAAAUGCCGCUACAUAUAAAAAACACCUUCAUGAACACAUCACUGGGAUGAAUCACAUUGUGAACGUAAAAUUCUGAGUCGAUGCAGAAACUCAAGUCUGACGUAUGAAGAAUGAAAACAAUCUUUGCAUAACAAUUAAUUUAUAUUCAAGGUUAUAGCAGAACAUUGUUAACGACAUUUGGUAAUUGUGAUAAUCUGACACCGCGGUCGAUCGUGAUCCGAAUGUGAACUCAAAAGGAUUAGGAAAUAAGGGGUGCCAAAAGAAAUUGUUUCAUUCGCACGUGUGUCGUAAUGAUUUAACAUCGCCGUCAAUUCCGAAAUACAAUAAAUAUGACAUAUUCCUUUCGUAAGUUCAACAUUACAUAUACCAGUGUAAACAUCCAUAUGGGCUCCAUAUCUUGGUCAUCUGAAUUGCUGCAUGGGUACGGCAUAAAACUAAACUCACUCACUCAUUUAAAUAGAUCUAUCAAUUAUCGUUUCUUCCUAAAGAAAUGCAGCCCGUUUCUUUUCAACGUAAAACAAGUCCUUUCUGGUUUGUUACCAGAGGAUAAAAGCGAAAUAUAUGCAUACUAUUCACUCAAACGACAGGGUCAGUGUUUUUGAAUUCCCCGCCAGAAUAUUCUUUCCACAGGGGAUUCCCUACGAGCAUGCGCGGUUGAAGGAUUCCCCUACUUCCGGAAUUAACAUCAACACGUGUGACUGUUUUCAUUUCUCCGACAGCUGCCUGAAAUCGACAUGGCAGAUAUAGAGACAGUGAAACGUCAGUUUGAAGCAGUUCUACAUAAUGUCUCAGACGACGUCCGGUCUCAAUUUCUAAGCUGGAUCAAGAAUAAAAUAAACUCAGGUGAAUGGGGAGAUGUGACAAGGGAGAAGAGUAACGAAGAUGUCAUGUUGGAGAGCAUUCAGAGUGACCUGCGGUCAGAGCUGCCGGUCAAUGCUGUGUCACACACAGAGAACAUCCACUUCCCCCAGACAGGACCAAAUGCCGACUGUGAUCCGAGCACCACUGUGCACGUGGAUGCCUUCUUGUAUGACGAGGAUGCCAUAGAUGACCUGUGUGAGGAUCAGGAGGUCCAGAUGAAUUGCUGCUGUGGCUCCCAGGAGGUCCAGCCUCUCACCUUCAUCACACACUCAGCAUCAGCAGCUCAGGUGAAAUACAUCUUUAACUACGCCCUGCCUGACCUCAGUGGGAAGACUGUGCUGGAUGUGGGGUCUCGGACAGGCGCAGUGCUGUAUGGGGCGUACCUGUACAGCAAGGCCAAGCAUAUUGUUGGGGUGGAGAUCGACUCAACGUUCACCAGCCUCCAGACUGCAGCUGUUGCCAAGUACAACAUGGCGGACAGAAUACAGGUCAUUCACGACGACAUUCUCAACCAAGGACCACUGAUAGCGUCCAGUGAUGUGGUUAUCUUGAACAAUGUGUUUGAGUUCUUUGUGCCAAAAGAUUUGCAAGAAAAAUUGUGGAUUUAUCUUUUCGCGACUCUGAGGAACAACACAAUCCUUGUGACGGUCCCCAGCUUGGAGGAGUCGUUACAACAGCUGAAGACUGGCAUUAACUUGGAACAGUGUGUGGAGUCUAUUGACCUGACCGCACCUCUACAGCAGGGUCGGCUCGAGCUCCUAGACAGUGCCGAUGCUGAUGAUUCUGACCUGACACGUAUCCAUUUGUACAGAGUGCUGGCAUCACAUUCUCCUUGUCAAUAAAUAGAUAAUGACAGAGUGUGUGUCUUCAUCACUGGGUGUG